AUCUAUCUAUCUAUCUAUCUAUCUAUCUAUCUAUCUAUCUAUCAUAUAUUUGUUUUUUUAUUCACAUAUUUUAAAAUCUCAAUCCUAAAGAGAUCCACUAGGCGGCACCAGUGAGUUACAAACCAGUUCCAUUUGUUCCUUUAUAAAGCGAGGAGGUUAUAAUAAGGGACCAAAAAAAGGAGAGAAAAAAAAACUUCCCGCAUUCAUUGUUCGUGUCUCUCGUCACGGAAAGACGCGUGGAAACGUGAGAAGUUGUGGAUUAUGAGCGGAGCGCUGGUGCUCGCGGUUAUUGUGUUGAAGUGGUGACGGAAUGAGAAGUGCGCGCGAGGCACAAGGACGCGCCCGGUACCAUCACCGCCGUCUUUCCUUCUGUUUGUUUGUUUCUUAGUUUAUUUAUUUGUGUUUUUUUGUUGUUGUUGUUGUUGUUGAAGUACGCGCGACUUUUCUUUGAUGUCUCGCGACAUUGCUUUGAUCUUUGUUUUUGUUACAAAAUGACCGGGCGGCGCUCUGAGGCGCAGGGACACCGACACCGACACCACGGGUUCUAGUUUGUAAGUUCGCCGGUGUUUCCAUCACCUCCAGGACCAAAAACACACAAUCCCUUUUUUCACUGCUUCGAUUUCUUUCUCAGACUCGGCUUGUGAUCGCUCAGGACUGUUGUGAAGGUGCAGCUCCUGGACCUGGGGGUGAGGACUGAGUCAGUGUCGUAAUUCCUUCCUGUUUUCCUGAAAACUCUUUUUUCAACAAGUGUUCAAGAUCUUGUGUUUCCAAGAAGCACCUGGAGCUCCCUUUCUUUUGUUCUUCGUCUUCUCCAGCCUGGAUCUUCAGCCCUGCAUGAUGGAGUGGAGAGGAAACUUUGUUGAAGGGUUUCAGCUCUGGGUUCCUGAACGCGAGACGAGUUGAAUCGUUGAGACUUCAAGUCGUUAAGAGUGUGUACUUUUUUUUUUGGCACCGCAAGAGAAGUUACAAUGUCACUGAAAGCUGUAGCACUUUACACGUUCCAGAGCGAGAACAAAGAGGAGAUCAGCAUACAGGAGAACGAGGAGCUGGUCAUUUUCGAUGAGAACUCGGUCGACGGAUGGUUACAGGGUGAAAACAGUCGUGGCGAGAGAGGCCUAUUCCCCGCCUCGUACGUAGAGAUCGUUCGUCCACGCUCCAACUCCAACCUGACCGAUUACUCCCUGAGUCCUGCAGGUUCUCCAGGAAAAGAGGCCUUCUUCACUCACAGUACGAACGCCACGGAUUACGACGAUGACGACGACGACUGGGACGACUGGGACGACAACUCGACGGUGGUCGAGGACGAAGAUUCUCACCGGGCCGUGGGUGCCAACGGACACGCGCAGCAGAGACCGAACCAUAAUCCUAACGUGCAAUACCGUUCCAGGCCCCACAUGGAACGCCAGGACAGCAUCUCCAGCUCCAGGAAAGGGAGCAUGGUGGGCCGCAAUCUCAAUCGCUUUUCCAAUUUCGUGCGCUCAGGCGUUGAGGCCUUUGUGCUCGGCGACGUACCUAUGAUGGCGAAGAUCGCCGAGGCGUACACCAUCGAAAUGGGCCCGCGUGGGCCCCAGUGGAAGGAGAGUCCACAGCCUUUCAUCUGCUCAAUCGAGGAUCCCACCAAACAGACCAAGUUCAAGGGCAUUAAGAGUUACAUCUCCUACCGAGUCACCCCCAGCCACACUAGCAGACCCGUGUAUCGGCGCUAUAAGCACUUCGACUGGUUGUACAACCGCCUGCUGCACAAAUUUACCGUCAUUUCCGUCCCCCACCUCCCGGAGAAGCAGGCCACCGGACGCUUCGAAGAGGACUUCAUUGAAAAGCGAAAGCGGCGGCUCAUCCUAUGGAUGGACCACAUGACCAGUCACCCGGUUCUGUCUCAGUAUGAAGGCUUCGAACACUUCCUCAUGUGCAUCGACGACAAGCAGUGGAAACUGGGAAAGCGUCGCGCCGAGAAGGACGAGAUGGUGGGAGCCCAUUUCAUGCUCACUCUCCACAUCCCUAAAGAGCAUCAGGACCUGCAAGACGUCGAGGAGCGCAUCGAUACCUUUAAGUCCUUCGCCAAGAAAAUGGACGACAGCGUCAUGCAGCUGAUGCAUGUCGCAUCCGAACUCGUCCGCAAGCACCUCGGCGGCUUCCGGAAGGAGUUCCAGCGCCUCGGCGGUUCUUUCCAGUCCAUCAGCCAGGCGUUCAUGGUGGAUCCUCCGUACAGCGGCGACGCCCUGAACAACGCCAUCUCGCACACCGGCCGAACGUACGAGAACAUCGGGGAGAUGUUUGCCGAGCAGCCCAAAUACGACCUGUUCCACAUGCUGGAUAAACUCUCGCUCUACCAGGGAUUGCUGUCCAACUUCCCAGAUAUUAUUCAUUUACAGAAAGGUGCGUUUGCGAAAGUAAAGGAGUCCCAGCGUAUGAGCGACGAAGGGAAGAUGGAUCAGGACGAGGCGGACGGCAUUCGGAAGCGCUGCAGGACAGUGGGCUUCGCCCUGCAGGCCGAGAUGAACCAUUUCCACCAGCGCAGGGAGGUGGACUUUAAAGACAUGAUGCAGGCCUACUUACGUCAGCAGAUCACGUUCUACCAGCGUGUGGUGCAGCAGCUCGAGAGAACCCUGCACAUGUACGACAGCCUGUAGGGGGCGACUCGUCAGUUGUUAGUUGCUUCUGCACAAGAGCUGCUUGCUGUCUUUAUCUCCUGGUUUACAAAGACACCUACAGCUGAGAAAUGAAAAUAGAUUUUUCUGGACUUGGACAGACAUGGUUAAGGAGCUGGUCAGACCUAUAGAAUAUAUGCACACAAGGACCAAACUCUAGCUCAUGCACUUAAAAUGUCACUUUCUUGGCUGUCUUUCAUGGCCAAAACACAUGAUUCCAGGGACUCGCACAGUUGCCUUGAUAAACACGUCCGUAUAAUAAUAAUAAUUAAUUUUAUCUCGUCUUGUUAAACCUGUUGCAUUUAAUUUAAUUAUGUUUGCAAAAUCCUUACUUUCCAUUUUUUCUUUUUCUUUCGAUUUGAACUUCUCAAAAACAGGCUGAAUAGCUUUUCAUGAGAAAAGUGAGUGCCAGUUAUUACUAACCCUGCUAGCAGGCUCAGCGGGUGCCAGUGUGAACUGUACGAGAGUUCAUCUUCAGAAUGUGCAAAACUAAGAAUCCUGCCAGCGGACGAUCCAGAGUUGACAGAAUCUUAGUGGAGGGUUAAAAAGUGCUUUCUGAAACACGAACGUGAAAAAAGGAUUGAGCAGAAGUAACACUUUUCCGAAUGCUUUCCUUCAUUUGAAAAUCAAUACAUCGGAUAAAGCAUCAUAAUUUAGAAUUUGAGAAUUUCUAAAAGUCAUUUUCGGGAUAGACAGGCAAUGCUAAUAUUUUUGACGACUGUCUUAAAUCUCUAAGAAACAGUUGCGAUUUUAUUAAUCAUAAAACCCAUUGAAAUGCAUCGUCUCGUUUAAAAAAAAACGUCUGAAAGAAUGCUCGUUUAUUGAUGAACGAAUUUAGAAAAGUUGGCUCCUACACUGCGGGACUGAUAAACGUACACUGUAUUAAUCAAUGGGAUGGGAAAUGUAUCGAUCCUGGUUGUGACUUGUUAUAUAGGAAGUAUUCGGAAGAACCACCACGUGUAGUGGUACGUUUUUUCUUUUCUUUUUUUUUUUUUUAUUUUACUUUGUUAUUCUUUUUAAGUUGUGUUUAGAUUUUAAUGAAAGAAAGUUAGCGAGCUCAGGGCUGGUGUGCUCCUGAGUAAUAGAUUGUUUAAGUUGAAUUCUUAGGGGCUGAGGUUUUUCUUUUUGUAGUAAUUUUUAUGUUAGUGUUUCAACUGUAGCUUCAUUUGUGAAAUUUUUUUCUGGUCGUCGUUGCAUUUCUGUCUCAAGCUCGGACUGCGCUAAAACCUUGAUCUCUUAACUUUAUUUAUUAGCCAGAACUCAGUAACUGGCAAAAUAGAGGCUUCUACCAUCUUAGUGCUUCGUGCCCAAGAUGGCAUCAUACCACAAUAUCAUUAUUUACAUAAUAUAUUUCAAGGUGUCAGACACGCCCCUUCUUCCCCUCAGCGUUUUGGUCGCUUUGCAGCACAGGGGAUACAGUUUACAGUAGCUGAAGGAAAGAAGUCUGAUCGAAUAAGGUAUUUUAUUACCGGCAUUUCACCCACAUGGGAAAAAAAAAACUGUUCGGAAGGAAAAAGAAGGUUAUGGAGUGAAGAUCGUUAGUGAGUCAGGACUGUUUGUGUCUAUUUGGCCAAUGAAGCACAUUCCUAACUGGAGAUUUUCUUGUGCAAUGUGGGGAAAUAAGGUGUCCCUCCCUCAUUUGCAAGCUGUUUCAUUGCUGUAAGACCAAAGUAUCAGUGUUUGUAGCUCAAAUAAAUAACCUUUUUUCCCCCCAUGUCUUGCGGCAUGUUUGCGACCACAUUUGGGUGCGAUAUGGCUCAGAAAACGCUGAAACUGUGACUUUGUGGAAAAGGCUGAGACGGCAGAAUAAACAGAGAGGAAGAUGAAUGUCUACUGGAAUGGUGGCAGCGUGCCACUGGUUGAUCAUAGUGAAAGAAAGAAGGGGAGGGCUGGUACUCAAGCCCUGCUAUAUAAGACCUUUAAGGGAACACAAGCUUCACAUGAAUGAUUUGGACUGUGUUUUUUUUUUUUGUACAUUGUACGUAUGAAUUUUGUCUUUUGGAAAUUCUGUAAAGAAAAGGAACAUUUGUUUCUACUACAGUCGUGCUGACUCUUAAUAAAAAAACAAAACAAGUAA